AUGGUCAAGAAAGGUGAAGGUAAAACUUUUACACUUAGAGGCUUUAAUGUCACUCACACCUGCAAUGGUGACAAAGAUGACUUGAACAAGCUUGCAACCCCAAAGUAUGUAGCUGGACGGUACUAUGAGAAGAUGAAGACUGAGCUUGGAAUUAAUGAACCAGUACCAUGUCCAGAUGACUUAGCAACACAGUUCAACAAAGCCAGGAAAGUUAAUAUAAGGUAUCAUACUGCAUGGAGAGCAAGGGUGAAGGUGUUGGAGAAACUACAUGGCAAUUAUGAGAAGAGCUACUCACUGGUGCCAACAUUUUGUGAAAUGGUCAAGUAUGGAACAAUCCCUGAAAAUAUACAUGUCAUUAUGUUUGUAGAUGACAAAUCCAGGCAAAAGAUCAUUGGCCUGGAUGGAUGUCAUUUGAAUGGGAAGUUUGGUGGAGUGAUGUUACAUGCAACUGGACUGGAUGGUCAAAAUGGAUUAGUUCCAUUAGGUAUCAUGGUAUGCAGGAAUGAAAAAAUAGAGAAUUGGAAGAUAUUCUUGGAGGAUUUGAAGAAGCUGCUGGGUGAUGAUCAUGAGUUUACCUUCAUCUCUGACAAGCAGAAGGGGAUUUUAGAAGGUGUUUAUUAUCACUUUCCCUUGUUUGAGCACAGACAAUGUGUCAGGCACUUGAUGGCCAACUUUAAGAAGUACUACAAGGGGUACAGUAUUCAGACUCAUCUUUGGAAUGCUGCCAAGUGUUAUAAGAUCAAACACUUUAAUGUAAAGCAACACAUGGAUGAUAUGGCAGCUGAGAGUAUAGAGGUUGCAAGAUUUCUCAUGGAUGAAAGGCCUGAAACCUGGUCUAGGGCUCAUUUUCCACCUACUAGCAAAUGUGAGCACAUCAACAACAACUUCUCAGAAUCCUUCAACAAUAUGGCCAAGAAUAUUAGAGACAAGCCAAUUUCCAAGCUAGGUUUGAUGUAUGGACAACUGGUGAUGGGACUUCUCAACAAGAGGAGGAAUGAAGCUGCAAAAUGGAAGGAUGGUGACCUUGUUCCAAAGGCAAUGCAGCUGAUUACCAAGAUGUGUGACUUGACCAUAAAUUUUCAACUAGAGAGUGUUGUUAGGGGGAAAGUAUAUGAGGUUACAAGUUGUCAUGGAGCCAUAUUUGUUGUGGAAUUUCCAAAGAGGACUUGUAGCUGUUUGCAAUGGAAAUUGAGGGGUUUUGUCUGCCAGCAUGUUGUCUGUGCUCUAAAGCCAUUGAGACCUGUUUGGGCUGAUCAUUGUGACAAGUAUUAUUGGGUUGACAUCUAUAAGAGAACAUAUGCUUCAGAAUUCAACCCAUUUUUGGGCCCAGAAGACUAUGAAAAGACGGCAUUGAAAGAGAUGAUGAAACCUCCAGUUAACAUCAGAAAAGCAGUUGGUUCUAAUCCAAAGGUACCAAAGGCUAGAACCUGUGUUGAUGGUGAUACUUUCACAUCUUAUGAAUCUGGUCCAUCAAAGAGGAACAAGAAAGGUGCAAAAGUUGUUCAUGGUUCAUCUGCAGGUCAAAGUACCAGUGUAAGGGGUGCAACUAAGACCAAAUCCAAUAUCCAGAGUUGUGUUGGUGAAUCAUAUAAGCAAGCUGUUGCAAGAUCUGAAAAAGGUGUUAAGGGUAAGGCGACAAGAAAAUUUGGAUCUUCUCAAACCUCAUGUAUGAAUCAGAAUUUCAAGAAUAUUGGUUCAGUUAGCAACAAUGUCACCUUUACAGUGUCAGAUCCAAAGAGCAAAAAGAAAACAAAGAAGUAUAUGAAAAUCUGA